AUGCAUCCAUUGAAGAGGCCAUUUCUCCCGGGCAAGUGCUGCUUCAACCUCGAUUCUCACUGUCUAGCUUGGCGGCAAUACACUCAAGCUCGUUUUCGUGAGGGUUCAGUAAUGCAGAGCGACAAGCAGCAGCCCGUGCAAUACUCAGACACAAUGCUCACAUUGAUGGAAGCAUUUGCUGAUGCAGCACUGCAAGAUGUGUUUGAUGCACUUGCAAUGCAAGACCAACUUGAUGGCGGGAUUUCCAUCCUCAUGCGCUGCGCUGGUUCUGAAGCCCUAGAAUCACACUCUCCAGAACAGUAUACCAUUGAUCUUUACAUCACGCCACGUGAAUAUCGUGAAGUGCUAGAACACAUUGGGGGAGAUGUAUCAGCUUUGGUGCAGGCUGUUGGCAAGGAGUUUGUAAUUCCCCAUCUGCAGCGUUUUUCACAAUGUUGCCGUAUUGAAGGCAUUAUCCCUCCUCAGCACUCUACUGGUGCAUGGAUCCAGUGUUCCCCUCGUCCUACAAAGCAGUUUGCACAGGAUUUUGAAGUCAGUGACAAGUCGGUCUCAGCUGCUGUCCAGAUGGGACAAGCCCUGGCAAAAAAGGGUGUCUCCAACACAAUGUCUGUUAGUGCUUCACCUCGCAAGGACAACAUUCGUCCUCAUACUGAUGCCAUGCUUGAUCGGUUUGGUCUGGAUGACAAGGUGCUUCUAAAGCUACAUGAGCUCAUCAGCUCCAUUUGUAGCAGCCACUGGGAAGUUGCUCUUCGAUCUCCAAAAUGGGAUCUGACUUAUGAGCAGGCCGCGAACCUGAGUAAAGCGCUCCAUUCAGAUCUUGACAGUAGCCAAUUAAUGUUUGUAGGUGCUAAGGUAUGGUACAAUAUUCAAGUCAACAGCUCCCUGUCUCCCUCACAAUACAGAUGCGCAAGCGUGUCUAGGCACAACCUACCCAUCGCCCCAGAGUCACUCUCAGUAAGGAGGCUCGUGCUGCCCUUACAAUUCCGACGUCAUGACAAUUCCCGUCACUUCAAGUUGGCCCUUCAGGAUUCAUGGAAUGGUCUUGAUGAGACGGUGAAGACAAUUGCAUCCUCCCAUCACAAAAGCUUCCAUCACGUCCAGAAUGACUUGUGCAUAGGACGUGGGAUGAUGAGGUUCAAGCAUUCCAAGUUGAGUGCUUGGAAUGCCUUCUGCUGGAAGAAAUAUCAAGAGAACAAAGCAAACAGUGUGAUGGGCAAGGACAUCUUGCGUGAAAUUGUCAAGGAUCACCAUGAAGAGUAUCAGGACCUCACCAAAGCGGAGAAGUCUCAGCUUCUGCUCAAGUAUGGUGAAUACAAGGAGACAAAAACCUCAGGCACACUGAAGGCUAUCGAGAGCAAGUUGAACAACUUGAAGAGUCAUACUGGCACUGAGGCAAUGCUCUACGCAACACCUGGGUCUACUGACCUUCCUCUCUGUGGUAUUGCCUUCGCUACUGAAGGGAUUGCUGUCCAGGGAAUGAAAGACUGGACUGGGAUCAAAGUCACCAUACCUUGCAUGCACGUCGAAGAGGAAUGCUUGACGGCCACUUUCUACAGGCCUGUGAUCCUCUUUGCAAACGGGCGCAUCAUGGGCAGUAGUUGGCGCCACCAGCACAUCCUAGAAAGACGAGGACGGUGUCUGUAUGGUGAGGGUGGAUGUUGUUGGUGGUUGUUGGUGGUUGUUGGUGGUGGUGGGCAAGAGCAAGGGGCAUGGGAGUGUUACCUCCCCCAGUUUGGAAAGUUAGGCGUAUUGGCAGCGUCUGCAGCUGUGAAGUGCGCCCUGCAGGAGUGUUUGACAGGGCAGGAAUUCAAGUUUGGUGUCACAGAUUUCAAACCUGUGUAUGACUCGUUCAGUGAUUACAUAGAUACGCAGAUUGUCCUGUACCAAGAGCUGUUGGCUCGGUGGAAGGAGUACACUCUACGCAUCUUGGCUACAUUGAGAGACAUAUCAUUACUUGGAUAG